CCUCUUGGCUGGAUGCCAUGCUAAAGUGAAAGCGAAAGAAGUGAAAGAGCAAAUGAAGAGAGCCAGGCCUCACAAUCUCAGGGCCUCGGCUCUAACGGAGUGGGCACAGAAGGACGCAUUUGAAGAACCCUGAUAUGCCACAAAGAUGUAGGAAUCUGCUGAUAUGUGAUAUCUGAGUGAAGAAAGUGAGAACAGUCAUUUCCCAUGAACAACUCCAGCCUCUUCCUUAAUUUGCCAUCAUGAAGACCCAGAAAGGAUGGAGCUGCUUUGUGUUUGUGUUGCUCCAUGUGGCACACGUCGCCUGGACACAAAAGUUUCAAGUUAUUGGAGCCCCUAAUGCUGUUUCUGCUCUUCUUGGUGAAGAUGUGACUCUGCCAGCCUCACUGUCACCAGCUCUCGAUGCUCAGGGCUUUGACCGUGAGGUGGACUCGAGGUGAUUUCUUCACACCGGUGUUGUUAUACCGGAAUUCUGAAAUUAUAACUCAUAAUCAAAUUGAAGCCUAUAAGGGAAGGACUGCACUUUUCCCAGAAGAGCUCGUGAAUGGAAACGUGUCUCUACGACUGCAGGAUGUCCGUGUUUCUGAUGGUGGCCUCUACACAUGUGCUGUGUAUUCUGGACAGUGGGAAGAAGAGACUCACUUCACUCUGAAUGUAGAAGUUGUGGGCACUCAACCUUCUAUUUCUAUCAGCUCUACAAAGGACCAGCAGACCAGACUGGAGUGCAGCUCUGAGAAGUGGAGCUCUCAACCUAAAGUGACCUGGAGAGACAUGAAUGGCGUAGAUGUGACGUCAGUAUCCACUUUAACAUUACAACAGGAUGAUGAGGGUCUCCUCAGGGUGGGCAGCGUCAUCCCCAUCAAGUGGGAGUUCAACGUGUUCUCCUGUCUGAUGAGAAGUAACACAACCAGACCGACCUAUCAGUCCAAAAUGGGGGUCUAUGUUUUCUCCCCAAAUGUCUCUGGCUGGUCUGUGGUUUUCUGGGUGUCGUUGGCUCUUUGUGUGGCAGGAACCACACUGCUGAUAUUGAAAUGGAGAAAAAUGAGAGAUAAAUCUGCAAGAUAUAACACCAAAGUUCAUUUCUUUCGUGUCUGGAACCUGCUCAAGGAAACAGAGAUGACACAGCAUCCAGGUUUGAUUCUGAAGUUUUCUAAAAUUAUUAAAGAAUUCCCUCCUGAAGAUCUCACCAAGAUUACUGAGCACUACAAGCCCCAGCUGGCCUAUGUGAUGAACUUGGAUAUCAGCAGUGUCCUGCAGAGCCUGGUCACCAAGCAGAUCCUCACAAAUGAGGAGGCACAGAGAGUCAAAGCAAAAGAGAAGCACGAGGGGACAGCAGCUGUGGAGUCCUUCAUCGGUGAGGUGAUGAUGAAGGACAGAGCAGUGCUGGUCGGCCUGUGGGAGGCACUGGCUGAAGAGUUUGUGAGAUGUCCGUCACCAAACCUGAAAGGAAUUCUGGACAAGAUGACUGAGCAGGGACAAGACCUCUUGAUGGAGAUCCAGGCCAGUGCCAAGAGGCCUUUCCUUGAGCCUCAUAUUAAAGACCUCAGUGAGACACACAGAGCCGCUGUGUCUGAAUCCAUGGGACCUCUGGAUAAUCACCCUGCAUCUGGAGAUCCACUCACUAGAGCGGUGGGCCUUGAGACUCAAUACACAGAGCUGAUGGUCAUCAAACAGGACAUUAAAGAUGAACUGGUGAAGGCUGGGAAGACUCAGGAAAGACUUGAGGAAGAGGGAGCGACAAAGAACUGUGAGAGAAUCUGGACUGAGCAUCUGUUUAAGAGAAAUUCUGACAGUGUAAAUCCCUCCAACAUCAUAGUGGUCAGUGGGGUGGCAGGAAUAGGGAAGACCACCAUGGUACAGAAGAUCAUGUCUGAAUGGGCCAGAGGCACUCUAUACCAGAGGUUUGCUUUUGUCUUCAUGUUUAAAUUCAGGGAGCUCAAACUCCUGGACAAUGAGCCACAGAUGUCUCUGACCACACUGAUUGAAAGGCACUAUAAACAUCUCACUCAUGACAAACUAAUAGAAAUCCUGCAGAAACCUGAAUCUCUGCUCUUUAUACUUGAUGGACUGGAGGAAUAUAAACACAGACUGGACUUCACAGACAGUCAGCUCUGCUCAAAGCCAGAUGAGGAGGUGCCUGUCCACAUCCUGGUCACCAGUCUGGUAAGUCAGACAUUACUGAAGGGCUGCUCAGUCCUGAUUACAAGCAGACCACAAGCCCUGGAGUCUCUGGACAUGAAGAGAGUUGAUGGAUUUGUAGAAAUUGUAGGAUUCUUCCCUGAACAAAGACUGAUGUACUUUAAGAAGUUCUUUGGUGACGCUGAUGUGGGCACCAGGUCUUUUCAGUUCAUCGAAAAGAACACCAUCUUGUACUCCAUGUGCUUCAGCCCUUCAUAUUGCUGGAUUAUCUGCUCUGCACUGAAGAGCCACUUCACAAAAACUGAAGAAAAGCAAGGAGCUGCCCCAAGAACUGUCACCGAGACCUUUGUGAUGUUUCUUCACUACAUCCUGACCAAUCACAGGCAAGAAAGCAGUAAACAAAAAGGGAUUCUGAUCAGUCUGGGAAAGAUGGCUUAUUAUGGGGUGGAAAACAGGAUUCAGGUGUUUAAUGAGAAGCAGGAGAUGUCCACCUUUAGUCUUCAGCCAGUCCUGUCCUCUUCGUUCCUCUUGGGGUUCUUGCAGAAACAAAGCACUCUGGAGCACACAACAUACACUUUCUACCAUCUCACUCUACAAGAGUUUAUGGCCGCCUGCUCCUUUUACCUCGAUCCAUCAGAGAACAUCAAAGAGCUCCUGAAAAAGACAGACUCAUGUAAAGAUGGCCGAUUUGAGAUUGUCACUCGAUUCCUGGCAGGACUGGCUUGGUGUCCUGUGCUUAAACCAGUGGAGGGAAUCCUGGGGGAGUUUCAGGGGACAACCACACAGCGGAUACAGGAGUGGGUGAGGCAGAAGGCUAAACAGGCGCUGCGAGGGAGAGAUAAAAGUGAAGCUGUGCGAGUUUGUCACUGGCUCUGUGAGACUCAGAAUAAGGAGUUAAUCAGAAACACCAUUGGAGAAAAUCUAAAGAUGAACUUUAGUGGCAUGACUUUAUCUCCUCUCGACUGUGCUGUGCUGGCCUCUGUCAUCUGCUGCUGUGGAGAACUUCAAGAACUUGACCUGGCACGUACACCUCUGACCACAGAGUGCAUCAGAAGGCUGGCGCCGGCGCUCAGCUGCUGCAGUAAAGUCUGGUGA